AUGGCAAAAAGUUGGAAUGAUGGGAAAGAGAUGGAAGAGGUAUAUAGGCAGCAUUUUAAAGACCUGGACUAUGAUGAGGAUACUCAGCAGGAGGAAGAUAAUCAUCAGAAGACAGAGCAGGAAGAGUUAUGGACAGAGGACGAUGUUUGGAUAGAGCAGGAGGAAGAAACCCAGCAGGAGUUAGAGCAAGAGGAAGAACAGCAAGAUAAGGAAGAUACCAAGCAGGAGGAAGAACAGCAAGAUAAGGGAGAUACCCAGCAGGAGGAAGAACAGCAAGAUAAGGGAGAUACCCAGCAGGAGGAAGAACAGCAAGAUAAGGGAGAUACCCAGCAGGAGGAAGAACAACAAGAUAAGGGAGAUACCCAGCAGGAGGAAGAACAGCAAGAUCUUAUACUAUUAAUUAGAGAGAAAGAAAGGAGGAGGCAGGAGAAAGAGGAUGAAAGAUACCGUCAAGUAAUGAGAGAGGCUGACGAAGACCAUUGCGUUCCUAUGGUCAUCACCAGGAAGCAAGAAUUGGAGAAUGAUCAGAAAAAGUACCAGGAGGUACUGCAGGCAGCAGAUGAAGCUAUGGGGAUAUCCAUCGUUGUAAGGAUUGAUCAAACGGAGGCAGAACAAUAUCACCAGUUAGGGAAGGAGGCUGAUGAGGAUCCCUGUAUACCUCCCAUAGAACCUGAGAUAUUGGUUCCCUGUCCUCCAAGGUGUAAGCUUUGUUUUAUCUGUCAGCUUCCCAUGAGACAUCCAUUUAGGCAUACAGCAAAACUCCAUCUGCCAUGGUAUGUAGCUGCCGAAUCAGCUUGUUUCCAUUGUAACCUACAAUUUUCUCAGGUUACAAUGCUGAAACACCACAUAAAUGAAAUACAUCCAGAAGUUGACAGUGAGGCAAAGUCUGGCCCAGACAAAUACCAGAUGUGGGUGCAGUUAGUCAAUGGUCUGCUCAGGGAAUUAGCCAGGAUGUUGAAAGUGUCCAGAUGGACUCAUCAAUUUAAUUAA